UGUGCGUGUAUGUGUUGUGGCCGUGGGGUGUGUGUGAAGAGUGAGAUAUUCCCCGCUGACUGACACCAGCAUGGCUCCGCGAUCCGCUCACUGAGCACCGCGGACGGACUCAUCACGCAGCUUUCCGCAAUACAUCAUCCAGCCAUUUGAAUAUCAAAGUUGCAAGCGUCCAACAGAGGAGCCACCAGCACACAGAAGACGCCGCAGCUCAUGAAGAAGGAUGGAGGUGGAGAAGAGGGCGAACGGGUACGAGUACCCCGACAGAAACAAUGCGAAGUCCGUGAACGGUUUCUACGGUGACCAUGCACUAGAAGGGGAGCAGAAUGACAGCUUGGAUGCCAUCAAUGACAGCCAGCUUGAUGAUUCGGCUGAGCUGCGUACCUGCCUCAUCUGCGGCGACCGUGCCACAGGCCUGCACUAUGGCAUCAUUUCCUGCGAGGGCUGCAAGGGGUUCUUCAAGCGCAGCAUCUGCAACAAACGCGUGUACCGCUGCAGCCGCGACAAGAACUGCGAGAUGUCGCGCAAGCAGCGCAACCGGUGCCAAUACUGCCGGCUGCUCAAGUGUCUACAGAUGGGCAUGAACCGGAAAGCAAUCAGAGAAGAUGGUAUGCCAGGUGGGAGGAACAAAAGCAUCGGUCCAGUUCAGAUCUCGGAGGAGGAGAUAGAGAGGAUCAUGUCGGGGCAGGAGUUCAAGGAGGAGGCGGCAGAGCACACCUGGGUGGAGCGCAACGUUGGAGACAGCGACCACAGCUCCCCUAGCAACGGGGCGUCCGAGGGCAACCAGCCCUCGCCCGCCUCCACCCUCUCCUCCAACCGGUCGGGUGAGAUGACGGGCUACACGGCGGCGGCGCUGAGGGAGCAGUACAUCAACACGUCCAUGAGCACCCACUACCAGCUGCUGCCCCACCUCUUCAGCUACGCGGCGCAGUCGGGGCUGCUGACCCCCCAGCCUCGCUCCCUCUACCCGCAGUCCCACCCCAUGGUGCUGCAGCUGGUGGCCGCCGAGGACCUCAGCCCCCUGGCCACGCCCAUGCUCAUAGAGGACGGGUACAAGGUGAGCCAGGUGGAGCUGUUCGCCCUGCUCUGCCGGCUGGCCGACGAGCUGCUGUUCAGGCAGAUCUCGUGGAUCAAGAAGCUGCCGUUCUUCUGCGAGCUUUCCAUCGAGGACUACACCUGUCUGCUGAGCUCCACUUGGCAGGAGCUCAUCCUGCUGUCCUGCCUCACCAUCUACAGCGCGCACAUCUUCGGAGACCUGGCCGACGUCACCGCCAAGUACACGCCGUCAGACGACGAGCUGCAGGGGUUCAGUGAGGAGGGUAUGGAGGUGAUGGAGCGGCUGAUCUAUCUGUUCCGCAAGUUCCACCAGCUGAAGGUCAGCAACGAGGAGUACGCCUGCAUGAAAGCCAUCAACUUCCUCAACCAAGACAUCCGCGGCCUGACCAACGUUUCCCAGCUGGAGCAGCUGAACAAGCGCUACUGGUACGUGUGUCAGGACUACACGGAGUACAAGUACCCCCACCAGCCCAAACGCUUCCCCGAGAUCAUGAUGUGUCUGCCUGAGAUUCGCUGCAUUGCACGGAAGUUGGUGAACGUCCCCCUGGAGCAGCUGCCCCUCUUGUUCAAAGCAGUCUUGCACUCCUGCAAAUCCAGCCUGAGCAGCUACAGGGCCGGGCCUCCGCCCUGCCUGGUGACUGGGCCUUUGCCUGGAAACUAACCCCCCCAUCCCCUGCCCCCCUGAGCAAUCCCGGAGCUCCACCUCUGCUCGGGGGGGGGGGAGACACGCCGACAUCCCUCCUCUGAAUGUGACUAAUUUUUAGUAUUUAGUUUUCUUUAUAUAUUUAUUACACGACAGAGCUGAAUGUAUGCUGAUUUACACUGUGCACAUGCUUCUGUAGAAACCAAAUGCACGUGGACGCACACGUGGAUGCGUUGGUCUGGAGUUUACAAGUGUUUAUCCAAUGUGCUCAAUGCGUGGUGUUGCCACUCCUAGUGCAAGAAGGAGUAUUUUAGUCUGGUCGGGCCGACGGAAGUGCGCCAGAGAGUUAAGACUACCUCAGGAAGAUGUUAGUUGUUAUAUUCAGGUACCUUUCCUUGAAGUUAGGAAUUAAGAGUUGCCCUGUCCAAAGAAAAAGAGAAAAGAUAGGAAAGCAGUGAAUUUAAGAACCGCAAUUUAAUGCUUUGGCGCCACAAUCAAAGGCUGAGCCCCUAGAAACCAAAGAAUAAGUCCCUAUUUAGAUGGUGACUCAAACGGCUUAUUUACCGAUGGGGUUUAGCGCCUUCUAGCGCGUCCUAAACAUCACUCAGUUCAGUCUCCAGAUUCCUGAAGUGAAUGAACUGUGUCUAGAUUUGUGUGUGAUGGUCGUCCAUUAAGGAGUGUUACGGGUAUUUUCUACAAUCAUUAGUAUUGGGAUCUAAGACUUGAUAGCGGUGGAGGCUAAUGAUGGUGAUUAGCCUCGCUUUUUGACCAAAGUGUUAUGCAAUGCUUUUUAUUUUUAUUUUU